AUGGAGACGGUGGUGAUCGUAGCCAUUGGGGUGUUGACCACCAUUUUCCUGGCCUCCUUCAUUGCCCUGGUGGUAGUGUGCAGACACCGCUACUGCCACCCCCACGACCUGCUGUACCCCUUCGACUCCAAACCGACGGUCGAUCUGAUCGGAGCCAUGGAGACUCAGAGCGAACUGUCGGAGCUGGAGCUGGACGACGUGGUCAUCACCAACCCUCACAUCGAGGCCAUCCUGGACAACGAGGACUGGAUCGAAGACGCCUCGGGUCUGGUCUCUCACUGCAUCUCUAUCCUGAAGAUCUGCCACACCUUGACUGAGAAGCUGGUUGCCAUGACAAUGGGCUCAGGGGCAAAGGUCAAAGCGCCAGCGAGUCUGAGUGACAUCAUCACCGUGGCAAAACGCAUCAGCCCGAGGGUAGAUGAUGUUGUCAGAUCUAUGUACCCUCCUUUGGAUCCAAUUCUCCUGGACGCCAGGGCCACCGCUCUGCUCCUCUCAGUCAGCCACCUGGUGCUGGUCACCCGCAACGCCUGUCACAUGUCCGGCAGUAUGGACUGGAUUGACCAGUCGCUCCACGCCGCAGAAGAUCACAUGGUGGUUUUGCGUGAGGCGGCGCUGGCCUCUGAACCGGAUCGGGGCAUGCUUGGAGUGAUCGCACACAGAGAGCAAGCCAUUUAGAGGGAGCACAGACACUGACAGAAGUAGAACAGCAGCAGACCGUCACGAACACGGCUCAGUUUUUUAUCCAUGAGCUCAGUUGAUA